AUUCAAUAUGAAAUUGUCUAGACGACACCUGUAAACGACGCUCUAAUUAGAAAAUCCCCUUAAAUAUCAAUAAUGCAAAGGUUUAUAGAGAAAACUGCUCAUGGAUAAUGUGCGGGGUCGGUCGUAACUGUGAAAUAGUUUUACAAUGGAGACUGAGUCUGUGAGGUCGGAGAUAAGCAGCCGAUCUAGGCGCAGUUCGAGACAUAGGCCACACACGCAUCGCAGCACACGAAGUUCCAAGUCCCACAAAAAAGACUGCAUGGAUAACACGAUGGCACCUUUCCAAACCAGUGUGAAUAUUAAUCCAGAAAUUGGGAGAGAUGGUCAAGAAGUCAUUGAGGUUCAGAUCCUGCCCCAAGAUGAGAAUUGGGGGGAAAAUACCACAGCUGUAACGGGGAACACUUCAGAAGGUUCACAGUCCAUGGAAGAUGUUAGUAAUUGGCCAAUGGAUUCAGAUAGUGGGCUAGGUUUUGUUUGUUCGAGAUAUUUUGGGACCACAAUCGCUUUAGGAUUGUCGUUCGUUUCCUUUGUGAGCCCACUAGCUAUGGUAGUUUUGCCUAAGUUGGGUUUCUUCCCAGGGCUGUCAGAGAAUAAAGCUAUUCAGCCCAGUCAAAUAAUUCAACUGCUUUCCUGCACGGCUGAGUGUAAAGGGAUAUUAUUAUCAUUAGCGUUCAAACUAGUUUUAUUAGCUAUUAGCAUAUGGGCUAUAUUUUUACGCCCGAGAAAUGCCAUAUUGCCAAGAAUAUUCGUGUUCAGAGCGAUGAUGCUUGUAAUUUUAGCUGUUUGUACAUUUUCCUAUUGGCUUUUUUACUUUGUACAAAUAAAUGAAGCGACGAAAGCUUUGUCCGUCGGUGAAGAGGCGAUGGACUACACUUCUCUAGUUUCCUACGUAUCUAGUUUUGGAGAUACAUUGAUUUUUAUACAUUACGCCGCGGUCGUGUUGAUGGAGAUGCGACAUCUGGAACCCGUCUAUUAUAUUAAAGUUGUGCGAAGUCCAGAUGGAGAGAGUAGAUCAUAUGCUAUCGGCCAACUGAGUAUACAGAGGGCGGCCGUGUGGGUCCUGCAGAAAUACUACACGGAGUUUCCGAUAUACAAUCCGUACUUAGAGAAGAUACCUAUUUCGAAGUCGCAGAGGAAAGCACAAGCUAGCAUAAAGUUCUACGAAGUUGAUUCGAACACUAACACGCCGUCGGGUCAAACUAGGUCGGCGGGCGGCUCGUGCGCCGGCAGCGCGGGGCGGCGGCGCGACUCGGGCUCGGCGCACAACGAGCGCUACUACGAGGAGGCCGAGCGCGAGCGCCGCGUGCGCAAGCGCCGCGCGCGCCUGCACUCGGCCGCCGACGACGCCUUCGCGCACGUGCGCCGCGUGCGCCUGUCCGCCGCCAACGGCGGCGCGCUGGGCCCGCGCGAGGCGGCGCAGGCCGUGUUCCCGUCGCUGGCGCGCGCGCUGCAGAAGUACCUGCGCGCCACCCGCCAGCAGCCGCGCCACUCCGCAGACUCCGUUCUGGCCCAUCUAGCUCGAUGUCUAUCUCAGGACGCCUCGCCCCGGGCGUUCCUGGAACCAUUCCUCGUGGAAGGUCCCGUGUUGUCCGCGGAACAGGAAGCUAGGCCGAUCCAGCGCUGGUCACUAAUAUCGGACGAGCUCCUCGCGAGACCCCUGGCUGACAACAUCGAAUUCCAACUGAGACAAGGUGAUGUAUCCCUCAUAUGUUCUAUAAAACAGCUGCCCAAGUUCAGUUUGGCCGAGGAGGUUGUAGAUCCGAAGAGCAAUAGAUUCAUUCUCCGGCUUAACUCAGAGACUUCGGUUUGACAAGAGGAGUACUCCGUUCAGGAUGGACAUAGACUUGUAUGACAUUUAGAUUUUAUUUAGUUUCCAUUGUUAUCAAAGGUCUUUGGCUUGAAAUUACAAUGUACGCUUUAUAACAGCGCUGAUGUGUUCUGUAAGCCUUCCAGAGUAAAGACUUAAAUUUUAGACAUUUUUGCUAGUGAGUCGUCGAAAAAAAAACUUUACAUUAUUAUUAUCUAUAUAAAUAGAUCAUGUGUUCAUAUCGAAAGAAUGCGCUUUAUUGCUAAAAACUUAAGAUUUUUUCUAUGACUAUCACAAGACUAUCACCUUUAUAAAACAUGUGUAGGCUAAAUAUAAGGGAAAAUGUAGUAAACAUAACAUACUCUAAACAUAAAUUCUGCUAAAGAAUUUCAAUCUUUUUUUUAUUUGGAUAUUUAUAAUUUCGAAAUGGCAACACAUUUCUACAAAUAUUUUGUUACACGUAUAUGAGUAAAUUUAGUUGUCAUUAAUAAUAAUCAAUAAAAAGUAGUCGAAAAAAAAGUUAUAACACACAAAAUUUUUAAAAUUCGAAUCCCGAAUUUAUAACCACAGACUGAAUAUAUAAAAUACUCGAAUCCAGUGAUCUUUAAAGUCCGCAAAUAUAAUCUCAGUGUGCAAUAACGAAAUUAACUGAAUCUCAACUUUAUAAUCUCGACGCCAUUUUGUUUUACAUGAGACUUAAAAUGCAUUUAGUAAAUUUUUAAUGUUUACAACUAUGUACAUUUGUGUCAUAUUUAUCGUUUUAAGGGAAUUAUUGUAAGAGCUAGUUAAGUAAAGAAAUGUAAUGCACAAAUUUUAAUAAAAACGUAAUGUAAGUAGCUAAUAGAUUUCGUUUUAAUUUUGGUUUAGCCGGAAAAAAAUGUACCUUAACUUUUUUUUUAAUGCUAUCAUACAGUCAUUAGUCUGAUGAAAAACUAUUUUAAGUUUAUAAAAUUGAAUUACAUAAUAACGUCACAAAUAUUAUUAUUGUUAUAUAAUUUAAAAAAAUGUCAAGCGUUAUGUCCGGCUAGAUUGAGUAUUAUUAUUUAAUAUGUAUAAUGCACAUGCAGAACCAUGUUAUGCGUAAAUUAUAUAUGUGAAUUUUUCCAUUAAAAAUCAGAACAAAAACAACCAUAACAAUAAAUGCAAGCUUAACUAAAUUUGCCGCCAUUUUCCUAUUACAUAUUUUUAUUCCAUUCAUUCAUUCGUUCUUCGAUUGAACGAGACAAGGAUAUCAGUUUUGAUGUAAGAUAUCAAUCAUUCAGGAUGAUAAUUGAACAUUUUAUUUUUUAUUUUUAUUUUAUUUAUAUUUGGGAAACAUACAGUGUGUUAUUACAUAGAAUUAAGGAAUUAUUACUAAAUCAUAAACCAAUAAAGUUUCCACUUAAAAAUAUUACAAAUGUUAGAGUAUGCGUGUAAAAAAGACAACAGAAAGAGACAAAAAUACAAUGCAAUCUACGAGUACAA